UUUAGUCUACAACCAUUUUGGAACUUUCUACUUCAGAGUUUCCAUCUGCUGUUUGGACAGCCAUCUGACUGCGCCCAGAGCAUUUCUUCACAUCGCAGAUUCUGCCAUGGGUUGUGGGCUACGAAAGCUGGAAGAACCUGAUGAUAGUAGCCCUGGCAAAAUAUUUUCUACCCUAAAGAGACCACAAGUGGAAACAAAGAUUGAUAUUUCAUAUGAAUACCUUUUGCUGGAUUUUACUUUAGAUAUUGGUUCAUCAAACCCAGAUGUUAUUAAGAUCUCCUCUCUUCUGGAUCUUAAUUCCAAAUUGGAAGCAUACUACAAGAGAGGAUACGUUGUUGCCACUAUCCACCCUACAAUUCUUUCUAUUGGUCAAAGAAAACGAUCUCCACUGAGUUAUAUUUAUAGAGUUAUAUUAACUAAAGUAAGAUCAGGUAUAAAGACAUCAGAACAAGGAGAACCAAGACACUUAAAGCUAGUUGUUGAAGAAUGGUCUGUGAGCAAUCAAACACUUACCAUUGAUGUUGUAAAAGGACUGUUAGAAAAGGUGAAUGACUUCACUAAGAAAGGAAUGAAGUUUGUCGGAUUUUUAAAUCCACUCAGUACCCAUUCAAAGGCCUGCAAUGGUAUAAAAUUAUCAAGAGAACUAGAUGCAGAUGUGGGACAGGAUGUUGACUUUAAAUUGCCAGAUCAACAAAAGCAAAACCUCGAUAACCAUGUAAGGUGCGGUGAGGAGACUUUUAUGAAAAAGCCAAUGGAAUUUGCAACAGAAAGAGAACACUGUUGCAAUAAAAUCACUGAUGUUUUAGAGAAUAGACCAGAUCCAGAGGAGAAUCUUUUGCAUGGAAGAGAGAACAGGAUUGGAAACGAAACCUGUCCUUGCAGUGAACCAAAGGAAGAUUUCAAACUGUUUGCUGUGUUCAAUGUGUCGGAUGAAGACUUCAGUGAACGGUCCUACCAUGAAGGCAAUAUAUCACUCAGAGUAACAAGGAAGGGCCAAACCAUUUGCACCCUGGAAGCAGAUUGGUUGGAAAUCACAACAUCUUAUUAUAAAAAUGGGAUGUCGUUGGUUGAUUCAUUCAUAGUUUGGGAAACAAUGAAAGGAGACUACUUGUCCAAGUCUGUGGAUGGAAUAUUUAUAUAUGAGGAACAUCCGGGUGCUUUUGAGUCAAGCAAGAUACCAAAUGAUGCAAUUGUUGUUGAACAGUGGACUGUCAUUGAGGGUUGUGAAGUAAAGACUGAUUAUGGUCCUUUGCUGCAUACACUGGCAGAGUUUGGAUGGCUGGUUACUUGUGUGCUAGCUACACCCAUCAUUCGCCAUGACAGUGAAGGAAAUUUAGCAACAAAACAAGUGAUAUUCUUGCAGAGACCUGCCGUAACCAACAAUGAUCUGAAUCUAAAACCAUUAGAGAAAAGAUCUACUCGGCAAGCAAAAGCCAGUGAAAGAACCAAAAAUUGGAACAGAAAUGUGGGUGUGACCACCAGUAAAAACAAGCAUUCAGAAACAAAGUCUCCUGAAGAUUCUUACACCACUUCAGAAAUCAAUUCACAUCAAUAUGGAGGCAUUUCAGGCAUGAGUCAUAUUGAUAACAUUUCCAGAGACUUGGAUGAUGGGCAGCAGGAUCAAGAGGAAGAAACAACUCAGGUUACCUGCAUAUAAUAUUGCAGAAUUCAGUCCUGUAUUGAAGACAACAGUUUAAAGAAAGUAAAGCAGACUUUCCAGAGUAAAAUAUGAUUGAUAAUAGCUAAUGGCUUUGCAAGAUGUGGCUUUUGUUUUUGUUCUGUAUGAAAGUGUGCAUUUUUUUAAACAUUUUCUAUAAUCCUACAGGGAAUUAAAGCAUUAACAAAUAUUUCAGUUCUCAGGAUUUAUGCAAACAGAUCCGGGCUUCUUUAGUAAAGUAGAACUGUUGAUUUCAAUUUGCUAUGAUGAUAUAAAAUGAUCAUAAAACCGGACGAUUUAAAAUUACAUUCAACAAAUUUAGGAAAGCGUAUCUACAGAUGUUUAUAUUUACUUUUAAAUUCUCAAGUAAUAUUUUUGUUAUUUUUUCUAUUUGUAUGUGCUAAUUUUUAAAAGUCAUUUGUUACUUCUUUACUGUCAUUUCUCUUUGCACAUUCUCGGGAUCAUGUUUUGCAAUCCACUUGUUCAAGAAUACGCUCACGCAAAACAGUGCUGUCUCUGCAAGAUCGAAAGGAGUCAUUUUUGAGGGUUGUUCAGUCAAGGUAACGUUACUUGUCCUGCUAAGUAAUAUAUGUAUGGCAAUGAACUGUAGGAAAAUAUAACCAUUACAUCCACUCCUUUGGCAUCAGCUAUUUUUAUUCUUCAUGGGAUGUGGACUUUGGAGGCACUCCCUGCAUUUAUUGUCCAUCUCUAAUUAGCCUGGAGAAAGUGGUGACUUGUUGACUUCUUGAACUGCCACAGUAUAUGUGGUGAAUGUCUUCUCAUUGUUUUUUGGUAGAGAGUUCCAGGACAUUGACCUGACAGUAGUGAGAAAAGGGCAGUAAAUUUACAGAUGGUACUGUUCACAGGUCCUAUUGCCUUUAUCCAUCGAAAUGGUUAAGGUCAGUCUCAAAGUAUCCUUGAGAAGUUGCUGCAGUGUAACUACAAACAUGAUGUACACGUUAUGAAGGCACUACCAAUCACAUCGGCUGCUUUGUCCCAGAUAGAGCCAAACUGCUUGAACAUUUUUGGAACUGCAUUCAUUUGGGAAGAGAAGAAUAUUUCAUGGCAUUCCUGAUUUGUGCUUGAUGAAAGGGUAUUUAAAGUCAACCAGAGAGUCAAUCUCGCUGCUAUAGUAUUUAUGUGGCUGCUCCAUUUUGGUUUCUGGUGAAUGGUGACUCCCAAGUGGAGUUUUGAUGGUGAUGAUGCUAGUGAAUCUCAAGGGUAGCUAGUUAAGACUUCCUCUUGUUGGUAAUGGCCAUUGCCUGGCACUUGUGUCACACAGAUGUUACUUUCCAUUUAGCAGGCCAAGUGUAAAUGUUGGCCAGUUGUCCUGAAUGCAGGCAUGAAUUGUUUCAUUAUGGAGGAGUUGGGAAUGGAACUAAACACUGAAGCUAAACUUAGUGUUGGGAUUGGUAACUUGUAAUAAUACACUGAAAGCUCUUUAAUGAGAAUCAGUCUGACUCUAGUGUCAAUCCUGAACUCUCUAACAUUUAUUUCUUCAGCUCAUUAAGAGAAUAAGUUAAACUCAUGGUUGAAAGGAAUGAUGCCCUUUUGCAUCAACUUAUGCACAGAGUACAGUUUAAUUUAAGGUACCCGACGUAUAGUGCCCUCAUUGUAGAUUACAAAGGAGCUUUUCACUCAGUUCCACAUAAUGUUUCUUAUCAUAAACUAAUUUUAAAAAAAGAAAUAGGAUUCAUUGCAUCAGCCAGGACAAUAAUUUCAGUGUCACUUCUGGUAUACCACAUAGUUUAGUACCAUGUCUAAACUAAUUACAUGAUUCUUAAGUAGGAGCCAUCCUCAUGUUGCAUUUCCGCCAGUUAAUUAACUUUUUAAAAUAAUUGAAUGAAAAAUAUUCUUAGAUCACUCAGCGUUCUGAAACCUUUUUGCUUAUGAAAGCCCCUUCCAAUGGUAUUAAAACAACUCACUGAUCCCCUUUAAUGCAAAUAUUUUUGUAUAAAGAUUAGUUCCAAAUUAUACAUUUGAAUUUAUGAAUUUUGUUUUAAUUGAUUAAUGCAACUUUUUUCAUUGGAGCUUGUUUUCAGAUUUGUCUUGGACCUCCCUCUGCUCGACGCCCUUCCAUUCUCACCCACCAUAUAUCUUCAGCUUCCUCCAGUCUAUUCAAUCUGCAAGGUCUCUGCACCUCACCAAUUCUGGCCUCUUGCACAUGCUGGAUUUUCAGCACUCCACCAUGAUUUCCACAACUUUGGCUAGUUAGUCCCAAAGCUCUGGAAUUCCCUCUCUGAGCCUAACCAAAUCUUUUGCCCUUCUCUCUUCCCUUAAAGUGCUCUUUAAUACCAACCAUUUUGAUUAAUUCUUUUGUUACCUUUACCAAUAUCUCCUUUUAUGAUUCGGUAUUAAAUUUUGUUUGAUACCACUAAUGUGUGCACCUUGGACAUUUUGAAGGUGAUGUGUAGAUGCAAGUCAUUGUUACUGAGACUAUGAGUGUUUCUGUGAUUUCUGCGGACUUGGCAAGAGAAAAUUUAGUUUUGUUACAGUAACUGUACCGUCCCAAAUAGACAAAAUGAUCCAUCUGAGAUAACGUUGAAUCAUUAGUUAUUUUGUUAAUGUAUAAAGUUUCUCUCUAAUUGACAAUAUUGCAAAACCUACCAUAAGAAAUGCCAGCUCCUCUUUUUGUUCCACUUGUUUCUGAAACUGAAACGUGUUCCUCAGCAUAUUACAAAUUCACUUGAAUUUCUCCACAAUUUUCCUGUUUUUGAAAUCUUUCCCACUUGUUCCCUGAGAUUGCUGAUUCUCACUGCUUUCUUUCUGUGUGAGAUUUGGGUGACUAACUUCAAACUUUUGCCAGCUCACAGAUGGAGGGCUGGGAUGCAGGUGUAGGGUCUGCUAACCUACAGGUAGCCAUGUCAGGAUAGCUCUCCAAUUAAACACUGUUCCUGGAAAUAGCUAUGUUUUUCCAGUGGCCACCAGCUUAAUGCAGAUGGAUCCCAUGUAAGCAGCUGGAACAAGGAGGAAGCUAAGCUACUGGCCCCAUGACUCAGAGGAGGCUGUGAGCACUAAAGGCAUUCUCUGCAACUCCCAACAAAUCUCCCAGGUUGGUUUGCUCCCUGAGACACUUGUAUUUUAAAAUUUUUCAUUCACUUGGAGGCUCAAGAUCUGUUGCUUCCAUCAGCAGUGACUACUUCUCCUGAUAACACUUCAGUGUUGCCAGCUGUCAGUAUCACAGCAUCAGGAGCCUCCUUCUGUUCAUAAUCAGAUGAAAAACCUAUAGGUGGUGAAUUAAGUGGCCACCUGUAGUAAAAUUACCCAAACCAGUUCUACAUCCAUAAAGUACAUGCUCAUGCCCUGCUUUGCACUGACAUUGUGGUGUUCUGAAGUGUGUGAUAAAAUUCAACCCAAAGUUACUUGUAAUUCUGACCAAUCUAAUCCUUAGGAGCACCUUAACAGAAGUCUAUUCCCACAACUUUGUAUGACUGGAAGUUCUAGUAAAUCAUCUUCCCCAGCAGUUCCUCAAGAGAAUCCAGUUCUGUCAGUCAGAGUGACAGGCUAUGUGAUUAACGUACUUCCACUGGAAAUCCUUAAUGAGUUGGAAAUUGGCCAGUGAAAGCAGCUGGAAGACAGGGUUUACGGCGAUUAUUUAAGUUGAAAGAAGCUCACAUUCAAAAAUAGCUUAUUUAAUUUUUUUCUAACUUUGCUCUCCUUCUGACAAGGUGAUUUUUUUGAUAGACCCCUUGAAACUUUCAGGCUAACUGUCUAUGUACCCCGACUGAGUCGUCUUCUUGGGAAUAUAGGUUGGCCACAGACUGACUGGCAGUCGCUGUGCGGCAACUUUACAUAAGGCCAGGCAGAAGACACAAAAAUGGAGAAAUAUACCAUUGUGUUCUGAUGUAAGUAAUUUUUUUUAAAAAGUUGUAAUGUUUGGAACACUCAUUGCAAUCAUUUUUAGUUGUUUUAGCUAUGUACUUAUGUAGGUAUGCAGAAAAUGUUAAUUAGCACUGUUAAAUCGUUGUCAGAUUUUAGCUGUUACUCUUCAGAAAUGAGGUUAAAUGGGUCUUACAAAUAAUAAUGCUGAUCAGUUUAUUUGUUAAAAGACUGUAAAGGACGAUAACAGAUGUAUUUGAUACAUUUAAUGUUGUAUUGUUUGUUUAGUGUUACAGAGGAAAUCAUGUACUAAGACAUGUAGUAUAAAUUACGGGUAGUUGAGAACAGGUGGUAAAGCUGGAGUUUGGUCUCAGCAUUCAAAUGAUAUGAUUGAAACCUUAAAAAUGAAAUCACAGCCUGACAUUAUUUUGAAUAUAUAUACAUUAUGAUUUUAAUGGAAUUACAAUAAUAUACUGCAGUACUUAGACUCAGUAAUAAUUCUGAUAUCAUCACUACAGAGUGACAUCCUCAAGCAAUGAUUGUCAGAAGUAUUCAAUGGAAAAGUCACUUUGCAGUUGAUGAACAAAAUUAUAAUGUUAUGACUGUAGUUAUUAGGUCCAUGUAUUCUAAACAUUAUCUGAAGACUUUUUAAUUAUUGUAUGCUGUAGUACAGUGCUUAAGGUUGUAUUAUUUGCCCUGCUCUGGUAUUUCUUAAUGUAACUUGUUUUCCAUUAUAAUUUUUAAUAAUUUUUAUAAUGUGUUCUGUUUGCAUAUUCAAAGCUGCAAAAAUGUAAAUGUAAUAUGUCCAAGUAAAU